AGUGGAACCGCCCGCCCCCAGCUCCGGAUCGACGACUCCGUUUCACCUUCGGCCGCAGCAGGAAGCGCCGUUAACGGAGCAGGUGGAAGGGAAGCGCCGGGGGGGCUUUUAAGGGCUGACGUGCGCUGUUUACAGUCCCCAGCCGCCACUGAAGCGGGGGGCGUCGGUGCGGGGACUGACAGGCACGUGUGGUCCACGUCCCACCGUCUUACAGGCCACACCAGGCGCCAGACGUAUUAAACACAUUGACAUCGUCCAGUCCAACUAGCACAACUUCUUCUUCUGCGGCGUCGGAGGGGACAGGAUGUGGAACUGCAGUCCCUGGGCUCUUCUGCCCCCCGUCUACUCUGUGUGCACAGCUGCUGGACUCUGGGUGGUAUACUCUGUGGCUGUCGAGGAGGAGAGGAUCGCACCCCUGAGCUCACAAUACAGGGGAAGAAAUGGAUCCUUUUAUCCUCCAUACAUCAGCAUCGCCGGCAACUCGUCUCCAGCCAGCUGCAUCUUCAGCGAGGUCAUGAACCUGGCAGCGUUCGUGGGGUUCAUUAUUGCCGUCCUGCGAUACCUUCAGCUGAAACACAGGACGGACAGGCCAUGGCUGAAUGCGGGCAGUCUGGUGGGUUUCUCCGCUGGCAGCUUUGGAAUGACACUCGUAGGAAACUUCCAGUUGUUCAGUGAGGAGAUGAUUCACAACCUGGGCGCCUUCAUGACGUUUGGACUGGGAACACUCUUCUGCUGGGCGCAGUCCUACAUCACCCUGAAAGUGGACCUGAAGAACGAGGGGAGGGAGGCCGGCAUCAUUCGUUUCCUGCUGUCCGGAUCCAUCACUGUCUGCAUGGUGCUCUAUUUCUCCCUGAUGUCUCAAAGCCUCCACAUGCACGCAGCUCGGUGCCAGUGGGCGCUGGUCAUGUUCUUCCUCAUCUUCCUCGCCACUUUUGCCACGGAGUUCCGUCACGACCGCUUCGUCUUAGCGUGCACGGACAACUCCGGGCGUCCCGUCGGCGGCCCGUCGGAGGCCCGCUCUGAUCCUGCGUCCAGGGGCCAGCCGGACCAACUGUAGGGUCCCAUUCAAAGAUGCUCAGGUUCACCUGCAUGAGACGCACGUAUCAGCAACUUUGAGGUAUCUACUCAGUCCGAGGAAGCUGCGAGUGUCCUUUCCUCUAGUGUUACCAUUAGUGACACAUGAUCGCCACUUCAUGCAGGCACGUGUGAAUGUUACAUGUUUUUUUAUCCUCAUGCAUGUAAAAGUGACCUUUUUUAAAAUGCCACAGCAGAAAUCUGGUCUGUUUAUCAAUCGUUGUUAUGUUUAAGGGUAUUUUACUUUGUAAACUAGUUUUACACUUCUUUUUUAAAAGCUACAGAGCUUUAGAUUAUUUUUUUAACUUUCCAAAUGCUUUGGUUUUUUUUGGGAACUGUAUUAAUCUGCGGAUGCUUUGACGCACGUUUGCGCAGUAGG